CGUUAUACUCUUGGUACUUUUGGUUCUUUUCCAAACAAUAUUAAUUCUCAUCAUCAUCAUGUUGUUUAAAAUUCGUCAUUUUUAUUAUAAUGCAAUCAAAAAUAUUGUCGAAAAUCAUAACUAUCAAUCGUAUCGAUUAUAUCGUUCACUAGAUAUUGGAUUCUAUUUGUAUGGCAUCAUUAGAUUGAUGAUAAUCAUCAUGAUGUAUUUGGAUUCAGAACGAUUUCCAUUAUAUCGUUAUGAUUAUGUAUGCAGAUUUUUUUGGCAUCAUCAAAAAAUUUGCAAUCACUAUUUCAUCAUUGUUUUAUUAUUUUCAGCAUUACUUGGUCUACUUGGUAUUCGUACAUUUUAUUUCGCUAAUAUCGAUACAUUAACAUUUCCAUUAUUAUAUGAUUGUAUUGUUUACAAUACUGAUCAAUAUCAUAAUAAUCAAGAUACGGAAGAAAAUAUACGAAAAAAAUAUCAAACACGUUUAAUACGUUAUCGAAAACGAUUCCGAUUGAAUCAUCGUCAUGAUCAUCAUCAUUCUGUAUUAACGAAAUGGUUGAAAAAUUAUUUGUUCGAAAAAUUGUUAGCCAUUCGUUUGUGGAUCCAAUCAUGGCUCGAAAUGGAUAGAAUGGAUCAUAGAAAAUUUCAACAAAAUCCAAUGAAAUUAUUUCCAUUGGUUACAUUACGUACAAGAAUACGUAUGCUAUUGACAACAUUUAUUAUGGAUCAUAUAAAUUUCUUGCUCCAUCUUUGUCUAUUUAUUGGAUAUCCAAUUGGAUGGUUAAUAAUCUCGAUGGAAGUAUUCAGCUAUGAUAUUGUACGUACAUCUUUCAUUAUGACAUUUGCACUCAUCAUUGAAUCGAUCACCUUGUUCAUCAUGAUAUUAAUAUUGAUGCAAGGUGCAUUAUUACUUUCAUCAACAGCGGCAAUACCAUACCAAAUGUCUUUGGAUACAUUAACUAAUUACAAUGAAACAUUAAACAAAAUUAAUCGAUCAAGAAUAAUGAUUGACCGAAAACAGUUGCAAAAACUUUGGUUCGUCUAUAGGCAACAUAUUCAAAUGACCUAUUAUAUAAUCUAUGCCGAUAAAGAUGUUUGGAGCCAUGCACUAUAUUAUUAUUCAUUGUUUAGUAUACCAAUGAAUGCUAUGAUUAUUUGUGAAAUUCUAUUUGAAUAUUUACCAUCAUUGACACGAAUUUUAUUCAUCGCCAUCGCUAUCGUACAUGCUGCAACUGGUUCAAUACCAUUUUUGAUGCUAGCAAAUGUUACCGUUAAUGUUCAUGCGAUCAAAAAAUCAAUACCAUCUAUUCAAUUAAAAUUGUCGAUGAAUCAAUCUGGUAAACAACGGCAACAAAAUUUACGUUUAAAGAUAAAACUGGAUGAUCUUUAUGAACGAUUGACGAUGGGCAAGAAAUUAUCCUAUACAUUCGGUUCAUUAGGUGAUGUAACAUUUCGUGGUCUAUUCGAAGCAUUGCUUGUUUAUGUUGGUGUUUUUUUCAUGAUUACCGGUUUUUAUUUAAAAUUAUGAAAAAAACUGA